AUGUCGAGCACGACGCCGUACGUCCAGUCCGGCGACCCUCUGCACGAGUUCCUGCGCUCGUUCUGGCAGCGCCAGAUCGACCAGGCCGAGCAGGAGACGCCCGACUACAGGCACCCGCCGCUCCCGCUCGCGCGCAUCAAGAAGGUCAUGAAGAGCGACCCGGAGGUCAAGGUGUGGGCUGCAGCGCCGAUAUUGUUCUGCAAGGCAUGCGAGAUCUUCAUAGCCGAGAUCACCUCGCGCGCCUUCAUCGUCGCCGACUCGAACAAGCGCCGCACGCUCUGCCGCGCCGACAUCGCCAAGGCCCUCUCCAAAUCCGACCAGUUCGACUUCCUCAUCGACAUCGUCCCGCGCGACGAGGUGACGGGCGCGGGCAAGAAGGGGAAGCGCGAGGGGCAGGUACGUUCGGUUCCGUUCCGUCCCCGCCUCCCCGGGCUGUAUGCUCUCCAUAUCCUCAUUCCCGUCUUCUUGUGUCUAUCUUCACCGGUAUGCUAA